CCACUAGUAAUUUACGCAACGCAUAAUACGAGGAGAUACAUAAUUCCCAGGGGGAAGUGCUAUACAAGUGUAAUAAUACCAAAAUAUUGUUACUCUGGACGCAUUCCAAGGCCAAAAAAUCAAUGCAGUUAAGAUUGCAGCAUAUAAUCAUUACUGCUCGAUUAUCUAUUAGUGUACGGUUCGUGUUCUAUGCCCCAUUAAGGACAUAAAACCAUGAAGUCACAGCGACAAGGUGCCAGAACUUCAUGGAGCAACGUUAACGCGAGAAUGCAGUCUCAGCAAUGGAUGUUGGGAUUUGAAACGCCCUCAUUUAGGGCACUCUGGUUUAGCGAGCAAGAUUUUGAAGAGUGGAUUCAGACGCGACUUUCUCGUUAUCAAGAAGGGAUUCCCAUGGAUCUGAGAAGACGUAAUACAAAGGUAGAGGGGACAGUGGCAAGAUGGUCAGAGGAGUACAUUAUGAUGGCCGUCUAUGUCAAAAACGCUCUCGGCUUUGAUAACUUACGCGAAAGUCUAGUAAGACAGUCGAUGCCGGGGAGGACGCUCUUGGUUGCAGGAGGACUUAGAAAAGGUCACGGGGGACCGGAUUUGGCGGGAACGGAUUGCAUAUUGAUGCUCGCUUUUUUCAGCCGCGAGAGAUUGUGGAGUCUCCUGGAGCUGUGUUUGGGAGGGGAACUGGCGGACAAAUUGUGCCUUCUGUUUCCGUCCGUUCACUUGACCCCGGUAACAACAAAAGAAUUUCGAAACAUUGUCAUGCAGUCGUCGCUAUUUCCAGGGAUGAACUCGCACUCAGUUCAAGGUCAUCUGCUAUUCGAGCUGGGCAUCCCUCAGUGGGCACAGAAGCGGCUAGUAACAUGAUGGUGGAGGUUUGAUAUUCAAGCAAAUACACAGGUGCAGUUGUAAGCAUCGUCCAGUUUUGAAGAUCGCUUUCCCCGGCGGCUCUAUCGAAUAUGUGCUGUCACGCAAAGUCUCAUGACAUCCUGAGGCAGCCGGGAAUACACCCAACUCUUGCCAACUUGUGAUAUAAGCACAGCUGGCAUCAG